AUGGUGGGCGUCUACGAACGAUCAAAAGCAGGACGGCCCCGCGCGCAGUCCUGGAGGUCGAGUGUCGUAGACCCUCUGCGCGAGCCCCAGCACGACACGACACGAGACUGCACACGCACACGCACACAUCCACACUCACACUCACACUCACGCUCACACCCACACUCACACCAGCCGCCGCACCCGGACACGCCCACGCCCACGCCCACGCCCACGCCCACGCCUGCCACCUGCCCUCGCAUUCCAUCAGCAGGCCCAGAGAAGGCUGACAGCCCCGCCACCCUGCCGCUGUGCCGCCGUCUGCGCCCACCUGGCUCUCGAGCGCGGCAAGUCUCCCCCAUGAUGCUCUCGACCAUAUCAUCACGCCCGGCACCACCCACGUUUUCGUCGUCACCUGCCCUGCAGCCCAGCCUGAACAUGGCCGCCUCGCUGCCUAUAAUGCCCUCGCGGCCCGCGCAGCCCUCGCAGCGCCCGCGCCUCACCGUCAACACCCACCAGCCCCGCGUCUUUGGAAAAGGCGCCUCUCUACGCCUCGACACCCUCAGCGCAGCCUCGCCCACGGUGCGCAACACGUUCAACAACGCCUACGAGCCCACGACCACCAACACCUCCAACACGCUCAACACCUUCGUCGCGCCUCCUCCCGGCCCCCCUGCGAAGCUGCGCCUCGAGAUCAGCAGCACCAGCUCGCAGCCCACCGCCAUCUGCACCCCGGACUCGGCCUCGACCCUCUCCUCGUCCACGCUCACCUCGGCCUCGAGCGAGUCUGCAAGCUGCACAAUACCCUACAAGCAGCCGCACAACCUCAACUCCAUCCUCGCCAACAGCCGCAUCGUCCCGCGCAAGAUGGCCUCCAGGCCGCUGUUCCCCGCGGAGAAGCGCGUGUCCUUUCGCACGCCGCUGGAAGAGGAAAUCAAGACCGUCAAGUACACCUGGGCCAACUCGGACAUGGAGUCCUCCCGCCCGACCUGGACGUCCCUCGACUCCCCGUCGACCGAGUCCGCCUCGACCGAGUCCGACGCCACAGCCACGCACCAGCUGGCCACACCGAAGCUGCAGCUCAGCAAGCCUUUGUUGUCUCUCGAGCCACGCACAGAAGCAAAGCCGGCCGUCUCGACAAUAGAGAGCUCGUCCAGCCAGCGAAAGCCGCCCCGACUCGGCGACAAGCGAGACUCUUCUGAAUCCGAGGACGACAGCGACGCCUGCCCCCAGACGCCCGUCGCUGGCCGACGGAAACGCAGCAGAGACUGGCGAUGGACACUGGGCAAGCUGCCCGGCGACAACUCGUCCACCGCCUCGACAGGAAGCGACCAUGACAGCAGCUGA